GCCAAUCCUUGCUACGAGUUUCGACGAUACGAGAAUCUGUCAUGGGAUAAUCGGGAAGGUACGUAUAUAGGUAGCAGGGAUGUAUGAGAUGUAGUGUCAGGAAUCAGACUAUAUCGUACGACUGGGGAAAAUUCCGGUGGUCCUCCACGUUGCCGCUGCAGUGUGCCCCUGCCCUGUCAGGGCUGGGUGUUAUCUGGCUGGCAAGUGUGACAGCUGAGCUGAGUUGCCGAGGUGGGAAAAUGUGGAAAAGUGGAAGAGUGGAAGAGUGGAAGAGUGGAAGGAGGGAGAAAGGCUUCUGGACGGGUCUGGCCCGGCCCAGGAGGAAAGUUGAUGCGGGGUGGCAACUUGAAAGGUCACGGGGUCUCCAAAAGUGCCUGACCCACUCGGCCCGGAAGAGGAAAUUUCGAGUUCCUGAUCGGAUCAGCCAACAACGCAUCAAUCAUGCCAUGGUUCUCUCGCAUACUGCUUAUGGAUCGCCAUCAGGGGGGGUGUUCAUCAAUGGCUCCAGCAAUGAGCAUUGUGUCCAUCUUUUAGCGGCACACAGCACACAGCACACAACCCCAUGGUGCCAGGUGCAGCAGCUCCCAUUCCUCCGGCGGGCACUGCGGGCAACUGGCUGGCAGUCUCCCAUCACCGCCUUUUCGGACUCCUCAGUGCACAAUUUAAGGCCUGCGUGACCUCUCCGGAUUUCAUAUAUGUCAAUAUAUCCAUGCCUAUUUUUGCACUCCCGAGAAAGAUUAGGAAGUCCCGGGAAUCAUCACUGAGAAGCUGGUGGAAACAUCGCCUAUCUCAGUAUGCCUGUCUAACUGACUGUUCUCUCUCUCUCUCUCUCUCUCUCUCUCACCCGUGCCCGGUGGAGCAAUGGCCUGCAGCUACUGCAAUUCGCGUCCCAUCCUUUUUGCCAACUCACCGUUGCCCCCAGAGGCAGCGGCAAUAGCGACUUGGAUGGAGUAAACAGUUCACCAAC